AUGGCUCACGCCGGGCGUGGUUGGACCACGCUGGGCGCGCUAUCAGUCAGUGACCUACUCUUUGGUGAUUUUGGUGUGGCGCCGGGCGAGUGUUUUAGGAGGGUGUUCUUGGAGAAGUACUUCCUAGAGAACGUGAGGCACGCCAAGGAGGCUAAGUUCAUGCGGUUACACCAGGGUGGGCUGAAGUUUGCUGAGGGGUUAAAGCAAGAGCUGAAGAGGGUGGUGGUGCCUAUGGCCAUCACUGAGUUUCCGGCCUUGGUGGAGAAGGCGAAAGUUGUUGAGCGAUUAGAAGGUGGCAACCGUGUGACUAGGACUGUUGAGGGACCAGCUGAGUCCAAGAGAGAAGGAAAUCAAAGGAAGUCGGAUUGUCCACACACGGAGAGCCGGUAUUUCAGGUGCCAUCAGAUGGGUCAUGAGUCGACCAACUGUCCCGCCAAAAAUAGACUGGAGAGAGAUACUCAGAGGAGUGGUGCUCAGAGGGGCGAUGCUCAGAGGGGUGACAGACCCACUACUGCUAGGAGAGUGUUUGCUUUGACCAGGGCUGAGGCUUCGAGUUCUUCUGAUCUUGUGAAGGGGAAGGGUAAUGCUGCUAGUAAGGAUGUGAUGAUUUUGUUUGACUCUGGAGUUUCUCAUUAUUUUAUUUCCUAUGCUUGUGUUGCUAUGCUGGGUGUGCCGAUGUGUAACUUGGGGUUGAGACUACUAGUGUCGACGCCCGCUUCUGCUUCGGUAGUUACUUCUAAGCUGUGUGCUGGUUGUCCUGUUGUGGUGAAUGAGAAGAGGUACAAGGAGGCUGAUCUUUCCUCAGGUGAAGGAGGAGAUGUUGAUUUUAGCUGGUCAAGUUGA